GGUUUAGAAUGUAAUUCAAGAAUUUUAUAAUACAGCGGAGUAGCUUAACACCUGUCUAUGUGCUUCCCAUGGUAUGUUCUCCAUAUUAAAAAAUUAUGACCUCAGCAUCCAAAGGAAUUCUCCGCCCAUUUUUAAUCGUCUGCAUUAUCCUGGGCUGCUUCUUGACCUGUCUGCUCAUCUACAUGAAGCCCACCAACAGUUGGAUCUUCAGUCCCAUGGAGUCAGCCAGCUCAGUGCUGAAAAUGAAAAAUUUCUUCUCCACCAAAACCGAUUAUUUAAAUGAAACCACUAUUCUGAUUUGGGUGUGGCCAUUUGGGCAGACCUUUGACCUGACAUCCUGCCAGGCAAUGUUCAACAUCCAGGGAUGUCACCUCACAACAGACCGUUCUCUGUACAACAGAUCUCACGCAGUUCUGAUCCACCAUCGAGACAUCAGCUGGGAUCUGACAAAUUUACCUCAGCAGGCGAGGCCGCCCUUUCAGAAAUGGAUUUGGAUGAAUUUGGAAUCACCGACUCACACACCCCAAAAGAGUGGCAUUGAGCACCUGUUCAAUCUGACUCUGACUUACCGCCGUGACUCGGAUAUCCAAGUGCCUUACGGCUUCUUGACGGUGAGCACAAACCCCUUCGUGUUUGAAGUGCCAAGCAAAGAGAAGUUAGUGUGCUGGGUUGUAAGUAACUGGAAUCCUGAGCAUGCCAGGGUCAAGUAUUACAAUGAGCUAAGCAAAAGCAUUGAAAUCCAUACCUAUGGGCAAGCAUUCGGAGAGUAUGUGAAUGAUAAAAAUCUGAUUCCUACCAUAUCUACUUGCAAAUUUUACCUUUCCUUCGAAAACUCAAUCCACAAAGAUUACAUCACAGAAAAGCUCUACAAUGCUUUUCUGGCUGGCUCUGUACCUGUCGUUCUGGGGCCAUCUAGGGAAAACUAUGAGAACUAUAUUCCAGCAGAUUCAUUCAUUCAUGUGGAAGAUUAUAACUCUCCCAGUGAGCUAGCAAAGUAUCUUAAAGAAGUCGACAAAAACAAUAAGUUAUACCUUAGUUAUUUUAACUGGAGGAAGGAUUUCACAGUAAAUCUUCCACGGUUUUGGGAAUCACAUGCCUGCUUGGCUUGUGACCAUGUGAAAAGGCACCAGGAAUAUAAGGCCAUUGGCAAUUUAGAGAAAUGGUUUUGGAAUUAACGUUUUCUGUCAUUUGCACACUUGGCAAAAUUAUUUUGAUGCAAUGUCAUCCAGGUUUCGAGGAUGAGAAGAAAGACAACAUUCUGCUUUUGUGUCACAAUUUAUUUGUAUCACUCUCUCUUGGACAACAUGCAUAUUUUGAAGAGAGAUUUUUAAGAGCUCAGCAUUAGCAAUCACUCCAUUUGGUUAUAAAUUAUCCUGUAUAUACCUAAUUAUGUGCACUGAAAAAAUAAUUUAUUCUUCACUACAAUUUGUAAACAUUCUUUUUUCACAUAUUUGUAGCUGUGUGUAAUGUAAGUUUGUGAUAUGAUUUCAUUUCUACAUCAAUCAGCUGUUUAAUCUUUGGAAAACGAAGACGCAUGUCUUAGUAUAUGAAAUAUUUUCACUAAAUAUUAUAGUCUCUUGUUCCAAGUUUGCAUACUGCCACAAAGGAAAGGUGUUUGUAAUUUAAUUCUAACCUCUUUGACUUUGAAGUUGAACAAAGUGUACAGCUGUCGCUAUUUGAUCUGUUUUUACCUGUUUACCACAUUUGUGAAGGCAGAGUUACUCACACAGUAAAUAAGAAAGAUAGGGAAGCAUAACUGUUCUAUUCAGGAAACUAUAGCCUUCCCAUUUAUUUCCACUAAGCUGACUUGCAAAUGUAGCCACUUGCUCUGAUGAUCCUAAGUUAUAUUAUUCAAGUAUUUUUAAAUAUCAAACUUUUGGGUAUUUUUAGUACCUGGGAAAUAAUCCUAGUAACAGUUAAGAAAAUCUGAGACAGUUCUCUUCCUGACCCUGAUAGCACUAUUUUUGUAAUGAUAACAGUAAUUUCCUCAAAUAACAAAUGAAAAGACACAAAUGUAUAGAUAUAAAUCAUAUUUAUAAAUGGUACACUUACGUGCAAUUUUGAAUUACGUAUCAAUUUAAAAUAUUUUCUUCUCUAACCCCAAUAUUUAAGUUGCAUUCACCAUGUGGACAAAUAAAUAGACAACAUUGGAGAGGUCUGUGCUAUCAUCGAAAAGAACCUAAGUAAAAUUAUCAUCAUAGUUUUAAAUAUAAAAUGUUAAGCAUAAUAAAGUAGAGAUCUAUAGGAAACACACAAUGCUAACACAGAGUAAGAUCUCAGGACACAUUUGUUGAAUGAACCAGUGAAUGGCAUUGGAAGUCAUGGGAAAGUUGAGUUUCUGUCAAUGAAGUGAAGGUUCUAGGCUAGAGGUACUAACGGGAGAUGAUGUUUUAAAUUCCAUUUAGUAAUUAUUUAUAUAUAUAGCACACACAUCCAUGGCCCUCAGAGCUUUACAGAACCAGAAAGAAGUUGUCAUUAUGCUAAGUUUGGGGAGAAUUCAUCCCUGAACUCACAGUUGCUAUAGAGCAUUUCUCCAUAAAGCAAAGGGCUGGAUAUAAGAGAGAAUAACAGAUGAGAAAAAAUGGGAUGCUAAGGAUUCUUCAAGGAAAACAGUCCCCGAAAGAAUCAUUAAUGACUUUAUUCCACUCAGGCCAAAUCCCAUCAAAAGAAUUAGAAUGUUCUGAUGAUAUCCACUUGGGUCUACUUGCAACUUAUUCUAAUAGCCCUAUGACAUGUAAACAGCAGAUCUCAAAUCCACAAUCUUCUACAUCAAAUGGAAGUUAGAGAAAAAGGUACAUUUGGUUUAGUAGGCGGUACACCCCACAAUCCAGACUGCCCUGUGAGGAUGAGCUCUCUGGAGCACUAGGAGAAUUUGAGCAAAAGGAGAUUCCUGCCCUGGGCAGAGGUUUGUUUGUGUCUCUUGUUCAUUUCCUUCCCGGUGAUUGAACAGGCACGCUGUGGCGGUGACUCCCUAACCAGAGAGAGAGAGAUGAACAGCUCUAUCACUGCUCUAAAAGAGCUUGCAAUUAAGUGGAGAGAUACAUGAAAGCUUCCUUUGAGUCUAUGUUUAUGCACAUAGUGCUCCCAAUGGACUUUAUGAGUCACCAUUGAUUUAAUGAAAGUAAGAUAGCAAAUUGCCUCAGUUGCUUAGGUCUUUGGCAUAUACCUGUGCUGCAAACUUUGUUUACAUAGUUGAUGCAAGUAGAAUCUCUCUCCAUACUAUCUCUUCUAACACUGCAUCAAGAAACAGUAUGUCUCUUAGGUAAGGGAAUGAUCUAAAGGAUGCCCUCUUAGGUAAAGGAAGAUCUAAGCUCAUUUUUAUUUUAUCAUGUUAAAAUCGGCAAAUUCAUACAUUUGUGUUUACUUUGUUACCUUUUUGGCCUAUAAAAAGUGUAGGGAUGUAAACAGGGUGCAUUGCUAUACUUUUAGAAACCACCUGCUUUUUUCAAAAACAAACAAACGCAUUCAAUAGAUAUCAUGGCAAUCUGCCAUUGCUAGGGUGGACCCUUAUGACAUCAAAGAAACUGAGGGCGUUGUCUCUGUUGUUGACUAUAAAUUUGGUCUCUUUCUUAAACCUCCUGUAACUCACAGUUUUAGGUCAUAAUAUGACCCAAGCCGAGGCAAUAAUACUAAGUGACUAACUGGCACAUGCCUACAUUGAAAACCCAUUACUGAGUCCCAGGAGCCUGAGGUUUCUGAAUUUGAAGUCCCAAAAUGAGUAAGUCAGCUGAACUCUUCAGUCCUGGGUCCAUUUAUCUGAGUUUUAAGGCUGGAAGGCAUGAAAGAAUUGUUUACAAACCAACCCUUCAUUCUACUCAUGAGAGUUAACUAGAUGCAGAGAUAAUAUUUAUUUAAAAAAUCUCUCACGCUCACACACAUACCUCACAGCUAUGACAAGACUAGAAUGUAAUGGCCCUAUAUCUCUUAAUCCUUCACGUCUCAUCUUUUUCUCACCUUUAUCACAGAAGCAUGUCUCAACUCCUAAAAAUGUGAAUACUUUACUGGUGUUAGGGCCUGUAGAAUGGUACACUUUAUAUGGAAACCCUUUCACUUUUGAAAAGUACACAAGUAAGUAAAACAUCAAACUUGUUAGCUUUCUUUCUGGUCUAAAUAUUUUAAGUAUUGAGCUGUAGCAGAAGGAAAGGGGCUUCCACUACAUUUUAAGUGAAAUGUAACUCUCAAACUUUUGUAUGGUUCUCAGGCAUUGUUUUAAUUAAUCCUGUGGAUUGCAAUUCAUUUUAAGAAUAUCUCCUGAUGAAAAAUGAAAUCUAUAAAAUUGGCUUACAGCUGGUUUCAAAAACAAAUUAUGCAGGAGAUAAAAAGAGACUAGACCAUUUAAAAGUUUCAUUUCAAAAUAAAAAUCUUUUACUUUCAAUGGUCUGAAUAUUUAAGUAUUGAUAUUGUAGGCCUUACUAAUAAAAAUAUAGAAAUAUUAAUAUUAUGGUUCUUAAUAGUAAGAACGUACACUGAAUUUUCCAUACCCAACAGUAUUACACUCUGAAAAAAAAAUGACAGCCAUAUUUUAUGACAGCCAUAAAUUUGACAAUAUGAAGUAGGAACUUUCCUUAGUGGAAAACCAGUAUCAGCUUAAAAAUUUUGCAUUUACUGCGUGAAUCCUAAUAAUCCUAGAGUGUGCAGAAAUGUUUUCUGUUGUAAGGGCUUAGAAAGCUAGGAACAUUUGAGGUGUAAAGUGGCAGAACAUUUAUAAAUUAUUUGCUGAGCCUUAAAUCUUGCCGCCAAUUGGAGGUUAAAUAUGGAAAGAAUAGGAAACUACAUAAUUGAAAUACUUUUACCUGCUGCUUUUUAAGUUAUAUUCUCCGAGUCUUAUGGUAAUCACCUAGAAAAUGUCUUUGUAUUCAUUAACGUUACCAAAAACGUUCAGGUCCUUAUAUUACCAUUUUGUGCUUAAAUAGUUGUUUGAGUUUCCCUGAACUCCGAUCUCAUUUAGGGAAACUUCUUAACAAAUUAAGUAAAAUCAAGUUGUUAAAUAUCAGACACUUCAAGAUCUAAAAGAUAAGAAUAGUGCCUAGGACAGAGAAGGAUCUCAAAAAAUAUUUAUUGAAUGAACAAACAACUUGCAUUAUGAGUCAUGCAAAAUAUCAUUAAAUGUGAUAACAGUUCCAUCUCAUUGAUACCAGUUAGAGAUGAUAUUUUACAUUCAUUUAAUCGGUCAGUGUGUUGCCUGGAUACAAAGGCAGGCAUUUUAUGUCCUCUAGUCUUACUGUGUUCUAAGACCCCCCCAAAUAAGCAACAUUUCAAGAAAAGUGAAAACAUUUUUGGACAUGCUAACAUCAUAUUCAAAUAUUAACGUACCAACUGUUUCUAAUAGGAAAAACAAUUUGAACUUGAGGAGAAUAUAAAAUGUAAGCUCUGUGAAGGGCACAUAUUUAUGACCAAACUAUAUACAGAGAGAAAUAGUUUCUUCCUUAACUGCACUCCAUUGUAUUGCCAACAUCAGUCAGUUGAGAUGAUUAUUGUUUUCUAGAUGUGUCUCAUCUAGACUUUUUGUAGAUUUUUGCAAGCUCCACCACUCUCCAAAGUCUUCUCCCUCUCAGUAAUUCAUAUUGAAUGCAUCCAUAUUCAUAAGCGUUAGAGCAGUUAACAGAACAUAAAUGAGAGCCUGCAAAAUGAGAAAUACGAGUAAUGCUCGGCUGAGUUAUUGGUUCAACAAACUGUAAUUUUGACAAAGCCACUUAGCUUCUCUGGACCUUGUUGUUUAUAAGGCUCUUUCUAGCACUAUUCCUCUCACAUCUAAGUUCUAAACUGAUACAUGCAGAUGUUUGCAAAUUAAGUCCCAGUGAUUGACUCAAAAUAAGUUUCUGGAGGUAGGUAUUCCAAACAGAUUUCCUCUUAUUUCUCUGAAUAGACCUUUAAAGUAUAAAACUGGUUAUUUAAAUGAAUAUGAGGAAAGAACCUAGGGCAGGGUUUGGAGUGCAGCAAGGACUGAUCAGCUGACCCUCCUCCUUUAACCCCUUCCUCUCCUUGGUCCUUGACCUCUAUCCCUCACGAUUCAUGUGUUCACUAUUCUCUGAGACCUUAAUUGCUGGCAGAAAAUGAACCAUAUAGUGGGCUUUAUUUUAAAGUAGUGUAGAUUUUUUUUCUGUGUCAGCCACACUUCUCAAAAUAAUCUAAAAAGUUUUACUGAUGCAAACAUUUCAGGGAGGCCGUCGAGGCACAGUAAUCCCUCAUUGACACUGAAAUAGGGAGCAUACUUUAAGUCCUAUGAAUAACAUCUAGGCAAGUUGUUAUUUUUUACCUCAUGGUUAAUAUUUAUUUAUUCACUUGAUUUAUUUUGAGAAAUUUUGAAAAAGGAAUUUAAAAAAAACCUCUCCAACAUCAGCUGCCUUUUGUCAGUGUUACUGAAAAGCCUGGAUCCUGGGUCACCUGACCUUGAAUCACCAGAGGUGUUUAUGAAUAGCGCUAAUGCGUGCGCCCUGCUUGUGCAAUAGGAAUCUUUUCAAAUGAGUCUAAAACACCGUGCUCUGAACACAUUUCCUGAGAUGCUCUGUUCCAUGUUAUAGUUUAUGAACCAUCCUAAGCUAGUGGUUCUCAAAUACAUAUAUCAUUGGGAUUUCCUGGAUCUGCUGUAUAAGGAUCACUUGGAAGUGUUUUAGUCAUGCUCCGAUUCUAAUUCUCUAGGUCUGAGCUAGAGUCUCUAUUUUAAAAAUCUCCCCACAUAGAUCUAUUGUGCUGUCAGGUGUGAAAUCUGUGUUUAGCUAUCUGUUAAGUGGAAAGUAUUGUAUUGAUUAAUUGAUAUGAGCUCUGGCCUUUCUUCAGUUCAUGUGGAAUCUUCCUGUAUAGUUCAGUGAUGUAUUCCUUUCCUUAAAGAACUAAAACCUUCUCUAUGCCUAAUUAUUUCAUGAGCAUAGUAUUGGCUAUCUGUUGAUUUGGGGUAGGGUAUUGACAGUCUCCAGAUCUUCUCAGUUGUGAGUGGUUGAUAGCAGUAUUUGAAUCACCUGGAGAUGAUUUAACAAUAGCAGAGGCCCAAUCUCACCUUCAGAGAUGUGGUCAAAUAGUUUGUGACAGGGCCUAGAGGCACACAGUUAAAAGGCUCCUCAUGUGAUAUUAACAUGGGGUCACCAGUCUAAACAAAAGACAGGAACAAUUCUUGGUCUAGAUGAAUGAUUAGGAAAGGAAAAGGUUAUAUACCUUUAAAAAAUCUCUCUCAUCCUCUUUUAAGUUCUAGCUACAUGCUUGUAUUUUCCAAUGUGAAAGAAUUGACUAUUCAAUUACUAGGACCAUUCACAGCCAUAAAAUUUUGUGCUUCUGCUGUUUAACCACUGUAUGUGUUUAAGAGACCUCUUUCCCCCAUCCCAGAGUCCUUGUUUGAUGGAUAGAAAACUAAUUUGCAAUGAGCUGUAGCACAUGGAUUUUUGAUGACCACAGAUAUAGAAUUGAAUCCCAGCCUGCCACAAACUAUGUGCAAGUUACAUGACUUCUCUAAGCUUCAGGUUUGGCAUCUACAAAAUAGAAGUAACAUAUUCUUGACAUGUUGUUUUCAAGGACAAAUGAAAUGACCCUUUAGCAAAUAAAUAAUGUGUUCAAUAAGUAUUACUUAUUAUAAUAGAAGAUCAUUGUGAGGAAUCCAAAAGUAUUUCCACAAUUACAAUUCUAAAACUCUGAAAAUGUUAAGACAUUAUAAGAAUUAUUGCAAAUUUAAAUACAUCAAAGGAAUAACUUUGAAGAGAAGAGAAAUAAAUGAAUACAGUGUGGAAGCACACAUUCACUUCACUAUCAUUAGUAAGUAAUGGAAAAGGUGUGGGGAGCUGGCAGUAGAAGUACAUAGGCAUUAUUUGCAUUACUAAACGCAUAUGCCAUAUCUUAAAAUAAUGGGAACCCAAGCGGGUCUAAUUUUCCCUCACUGUUAGGAGCGAUCAGUGAAUUAACAGUCAAUUUAGUUUAUUAUCAGUUGGUAUAGUGUUGGUAUAGUGCAAAUCACAGAAUACAGUAGCAGGAAAAUUCUUACAGAACCUUUUUUGGUAAAGAAAGGGG